CAUUCAGUGUCUCAUUUCUUAUUUGACAUGCGCGUUGCUAAGGUGCAGGUUCCAUAGCAACCAACUCACUGACUAAAAGUUGAAAAUGUAGGAAUAAAAUCAAAACUAUGACAUGAAAGAUGGCGGCAACUAAAGUCCUGAAGCCAAAACCACCGACGGAGGCACCGAGGAGACUAGCGGACAGGCUGCACCCGGUGUCCGGUCCCCGGGUGAGGGCGGCGAACGGACCGGGGACCGAACCCAGAGGCGCCGCUCAAAGCCGCGGGUCCAGCUGCCCCCGGUGUCCGCGGGGGGAGCGGCGGGAGGCGGCCACCGGGGCGCAGGGAGCCGCCGCCUCCUCCGGGACCAGAGCCCGGUCCUCCUCCGCCGCUCCCAAGUGUCCCAGACCCCCACUACCGGAGCACCGGAGACCAGCCCGGCCGGUGAGGCAAACCGGCGCCGACACGAGGAAGGAGCCGCGGGGCGUCAAAGGAGAAGCCGGGUCCACGAGCCAAAGAGCCGCGAGCCAAAGAGCCACGAGCCAAAGAGCCACGAGCCACAGUCAUAAAGCAUUCACAGUCAUUCCCCCAAAUCCAAAGAAGAGGCAAGAAAUCCAGAGAAAGGCGGAGGCGGAGCUAGCCGCUUUGGAGGAGUUGCGUCUGAGCCGAGCGAUGGCGUACGUGUCCAUUAACCCCAGCAGCGUCGGAGGCUGUUUGAGUCUGGAGGAAGUUCGGUUGAAGCAGCAGCAGGAAAUGAUCCAGGCGAAGAGGAAACCGAAGCAGGUGAGACGAACACCGAGUCGCCUUCAUUCACAUGCCGCUGAGUCGCGGUCUGAUGGACGUUCAUGUGGUCGUUUCAGGUGAAGAAGCAGCUGAUGGACGAAGCAGAUGUCCUGACAAGCUGAACAUUGACUCAUCGCUUCACAAAACCAUGCAAAUGGGUUAAACCAGGGGUGUCAAACAUGUGGCCCGUGGCCCAAAACUGGCCCGCCACAGAGUCCAAUCCGGCUCGUGGGAUGGCUUUGCAAAGUGGAAAAAUUUCACUGAAGAUAUGAACAGUGAAGGGCGUUGAUCUCGUUUUAGUUCAGGCUCCACAUUGUGAUCUGAAAUAAAAGGAGGCUUUCACUGUUGGGGGCCGACAGCAAGGGUAUAUCCCUGAAAUCCCCCCAGUCCUCUGCACCCCCAACCAUUUGGAAAAAACACACCACCUGGUGUCAAAAUAUGACAUCAUGUAAACUCAAGGUAGUGGCAUGAAGAAAGAGAACUGUUAGACGAUCGAUAUGAACUCAGUUUGAGCUUCAUGGACCCAACCUGUCCGUCCAUCCAGUUUUCUUAGAGUAUUCAAUACUGAGAAAACAGUCUGGAAUUGGGCCGAUCGCUGUGAAAUAUGCACCAUCUAUUCUAUACCGGACCAAUCACAAGUCUGGGGGCCGGGUGUUUCGCAAUGCGUCAUACACAGUGACUUCUUUUUGUUGCGAGUCAAAAUCAGUCCCAAGUCCGCGAAUCUCUUUACAACUGUUGUUGUUUGUUCACCUGAUUCAAAAAUAAGGAUUGAAUUCCAGAUUACACCCUGUAUUCUUAAAUUUCUCUGACAAAAGUGUCAUGUCCAUCUUAUCUGUGAUUGGUUUACACAGCGCCUGUUAGUCCCACCUCCAUAUUUGGAUUCAAGCCCUAUGAUUUCAGACGGAUUUGUCUUUGAGAAAGACGGAUAACUGGCCAGGCUAACAUGGACCUGAUAGUGUCAGAAUAAUGGUCAGAGAAACUAUUUUUCCCACAAAACUCCACCUAGUGAGUGAAAAUGGCACCAUAUGAACUCUGGAUGGUAAACGGAAACUGGACAUUUGGAAGACGAUCAAUAUGAACCAAAUUUUAUCUCAAACGGCCUAUUGUUACUUAAUUUAUGUCCAAAAAACUGAUUUUCAACUACAGCGCCCCCAUGUGGAUGACUUCUAAUACUCACAGAGAAGCUGAAAUCGAUAGAGUUCUUCCACUUGGGGUUCCCUGUGUUGGUUAUCAAGGGAGAAGAACUCCAACCAAAUCUGUCCUAGUUAUCGCCUUCACAUGAACGAUAUCCAGCAGUGGCGGCGUUCAAGGUAAAACCAUUAUAUCCCUGAAAUGGAGUUUUGGGGAUAGAAUAAUAAUAGCAUAAUAACCUAUACAUAAGGACUCCACAUUUUCUUUGUGGUUUAUGACUUUUUUAAAAGAUGUUCUUUAACUACGCAUCUAAAACUCAGAAAAGGUCGAUUUUACUCCAAAACAACACAUAUGCACCAAAUUUAAGAAUGCUAAAUGUGUUACAAAUAUGACAUAACUGUUGCAUUUAUUACAACAAUUUAGGCAUAAAAUUAACUCAUUUGUGGUUGGAAAAAAGGGUCAGACAUUCAAACAUUAGGACAGUGAACACAGCUUCUACCUUCAGUUGUAAAGAGGGCCUGGACGCUGUGUUCAAGUCCAGUUCGUUCAUCCAACGCCUCCUCCUUCUAAGGUUUGACCCUAUUUUACAACUUCACCUCCUUUUCUUCCUUCACUCAUUCAUGCGACCACAGGUUUGGCCUGUAAUGAUGGUAUCGUGGAUCUAAACCAUCCACUGAUUAAUGUUCAAACAAGUAUUUGUCAUUUGGAAACA